GAAAAAAAAAUUCCGUAAAAUAAAAUAAAAACAAGACAAUAGAGACGACACUUCCAAAAAAACAGAAAUCAGCGCAUUGCAAAUCUCUUUUUAGGGUUUCUCUUCGUCCGCGAACCAGUUUUGGUGUAACCCUAAAUGCUGUGUCUUUCAGCUGUUGACAUGUGAUCGAGCGGGGAAAAACCACCAAUUCGAAAAUUCUGUGUUACGUUGCAAAAAUUAUUUGAAAAGAUGUCAUUAAGACGGAAUGGAGGGGUUAAAUUAAAAGUUGAGCCUGACCCUGCUACUUGGACAGCCUUAGAGGAGAUAACUUUUAUUGAGUUAAUGGUAAGAGAGGUUCAUAACGGAAAUAGGUCCUCAACAACCUUUUCAAGGAAAGGUUGGAAACAUAUAGCACAAGAGUUCUGUAAGAAGACUAACAAGAGGUACAAUUACUCUCAGUUUAGAAACAAGUUCAACCAGCUGAGGACCCGUUAUCAUGAUUUUAGUAAGCUGUUGAAAGAACCUGGGUUUGCUUGGGACCCUGUGCUCAAUACAGCCACUGCUACUGAUGGCGUGUGGGAAUCAUACAUAAAGGUAAACAAAAAUGCAAAGAGGUUCCGGAAAAAGGGGUGCACCAUGUUUAAUGAAUUGGGGAUCAUAUUUGGUGAUCCAGUAGUAACAUGCAAAGAUGCAUUUCCUUUAGCUCAGUAUCCUUCUGUAAGUGAAGAUGCAUUCGAUUUAGAAGAUGAAUCAACAAAUGCUACUCCCUCUGCAUACCCAAGUGAAAGUAGCAAUGGUAAAGGUUUUCCCUCGAAAAGUUCUGAACGGCGUAGGCAACGAUCUCCCUCUCCAGCAAGCAAUAUUCGAGUGAAGAGAGAGGCAAGAACAACUGUGGAUGGGGAAUCGUUGAAGGAAUGGGCCGAAACUACAGUACCAUCAGGAACAUCCAAUAAAAAAUGGGCUGAAGCUACAAAGGAAGAGGCCCCAACCUUCCAGAGACUUGAUGCAUCUACCCAACCUAGUGCAUUCUCAAUUACCAAUUGUGUCAAGUGUCUAGAGUCGAUUGAAGGUGUGGGUGCAAGUACUUACAUAAAGGCAAUCAAGAUGUUUAAGGAUGUGGAUUGGAGGGAGAUGUUUAUGGCAAUGUCAGCUGAGAGAAGAUUGGAUUGGUUAGCUAGUCUAGAAUGAUAUAUAUUAUAUUGUUGUUUGAGACUCUUUUUUUAAACCCUAUUAUUCCUGAAAUAUAUUUAGCUAUGUUAUAUAUGUUUGAUGCCCAUACAUUUGUGCUUGAUAUGGAUUUAGAGAUGCUUAUUAGUUCUA